UCAACUAACGUUCCAUGUUCGAAGAUAAUGAGAUAAUCACAAAAAAUGAAAUCGUCUUCUUAAGGGCAAAUAAUAUUUUCUGUUUUCUUACAUGUGGUAGGCGAAUGUCCUUGACUAAUGGGCCUAACGUACCAAAAGUCUAUGGAGAAUGAGAAUUUUAUCUCUGGCUUAUUUAUAUCUGCGUGAGAGAUCUUUGUAUUCCAAAUUGUUUUCUUUUUGUAUUUUAUUUUUAGUUUAUAUAGUACCGUUAAAUGAUAUGGUAAUGAUAGUUUUGGUUAGUUGUUUAAUUUAGAAACUUGCUUUGAAAUGGCAGUUUCGGCAUGUGAAGUGGAAGAUUUUCUGAAAGGCCCCCUUGUGAAAUGGCUGUCUACUUGUGUGAAAAAUCCGAGUUCCCUACAAGUAUAUGAAGCAUUUUUUGAUGGCUCCGUGAUAAGUGAAGUCUUGCUUCAAAUUGAUCCAGAGCCUGUAUUGCCUGUGCCAACUUUAGGCCUCGUGCAGCACUCAACUGUUGAUACUGAAAGGAUAAAAAUUUUCCACAGUAUCAUUAGGAGUAUUAAAACCAUUUAUGAAGAAGAACUUGGCCAGAUUGUAGUCAAACUUCCUGACUGCAUUGUAUUGGGAAAAUCACCUACCUCCAAAGAUGCUUUAAGUCACCUUAAGUUAGUAUUGCUUCUAUUGCUAGGUUGUGCUGUCCAGGGUCCAACAAAGGAAAUUUUUAUUACCCGCAUUAAAGACUUAGAUGUAGACUCUCAAAAGGAUAUUGUAGAGUGCAUCAAACAGGUAACUGAUGAGCAGAGUGUGGUCUUAACAUUGGACUGGAGUGAACACCCCCGCCAAAAAUUGUUUGCGCUCAUCAGAACAUUGAUAGAUGAACGGGAUAAGUUGUUACAAGAAAGGGUGAUUGACCUGGGACAGGAAAAAAAUUCUUCUGCUGGAAUUGGUCAACUGAAACCUAAUAAUGAUGGUGUUGAAUCAAAUCACUGGGCUGUUGAGUUGGCUGAUUGGAAAGCAAAAUUACGAAAACAUAAGCAGGAAUUGGAAGAAAAAAAUGAAAUGCUAUCAGAAUGCAAAGAGGAACUUGAAUAUACCAACAGUAUAGUGGCAAAAUUAAAGACAGAAAACAAAGAAUUGUUAUCGGAAAUGAGGAAAUCUAAAGCUUAUCAAGAUGAGGUAGAUUCAAUACGUGAUAGAGCUGAGCGGACUGAUAGAUUGGAAAUGGAAGUGCAAAGAUAUCGUGAAAAAUUAGCUGAUGCAGAGUAUUACAAAACCAGAGUGGAGGAACUGAGAGAAGAUAAUCGGGUGCUUUUGGAGACCCGGGAAAUGCUAGAAGCACAAUUAGCUAGAGCACGGCAAAGGGCUGACCUAGUUUUGGAAUUGGAGGCUGAAUUGCUGAGUUGUAAACAGAAAUACAAUGAAAUUAUGUUGGAAAGAGAUGCGGCAAAUGAAAAAAUCCUAGAAUUGGUGGAAGAGAAUGAACAACUGCAGCAAGUGACAAAAUCUGCUUUACAAAAAAACAGCUUAGACAGUACUAUACCAGAUUUUGAUCUUGAUGAGUCUACUGUAGGUGAUAACAGUCUAUCAGAGCAGUUGACAAAUAAUGCUGAAGCCAGAGCAUUAAGACUGGAACUAGAAAAUAGAAAACUCCUCAGUAAAAUAGAAUCGCUAAAAGAGGAUAACUUCCGAGAUAAUGUGAACAAGAUUCUAGAACUUGACAAAGAGAGAAAAAAACUUUUUUUAAAAUGUGAGCAGCUGCAAGAAAAUUGUGACAAGUUGAAAUUGCAAAAUUCUGAGUUGGAAACUUUGUUUAAGAGUGCUAUUCAAGAAAAUAAAAAGCUUCAAAAUAAUUUUGAUAACUUGAAAACUACAUCUGACAGGCAGGCGCAGGAAUUACAAAAUGAAAAGUUUAAGAUAUCAGAUCUAGAGAAAACUAUUGAGAAUUUAUCAAAGGAGAAACAGAGAGUACAGAUAUUGUGUGAUAGUGUGAAAAAAAGAGCAGAUGAUACAGAUAAAUCAUUAAAUCAAGCAUCUGAGCAGCUUCAGAAUUUAAAGAAUGAAAUUGGAAAUGGUAAGAAAGCAGAGAAAAUGGCAAAUGAACUUAAAUUGUAUGUGGAAACAUUAGAAAAAGAAAACGCUGCGUUCCAGAAAGAAAUUGUAAAGCUGAAACAAGCAGUUGAGCUCAAGGAUGUUGCUUUGGAUACAAAAACACAGGAAAAAGAAACAUAUGAAAGAGAACUGGUGAAACUUAAUCAAGAAAUCUUGAAUGUUACACUUCAAUUAGAAAAACUGCAAGCAUGUGAACAAAAAGCCAAUGAGCUAGUUUCUCAGGCUUCCAUACAAUCUGAAACCAUAUCUACCCUUCAAAAAAACCUAAUCAAUGAAAAAGUGUGCAAUGAAAAGCUAAAAUCCAAUAUUGAAAAAUUGGGUCUCAGCCUAGAUGUUUUUGAUAAUGACCUCAAUGUUUUUGUUGAGAAAAUACUUAACAAUUCAGAAAUUUUUAAGCAAAUAGAAAGUUUAGUACAAGAGAAAGUGGUUAAACAAUCUCCUUGUAAGACCUGUCAUCUAGAUGGUGAUGCUCUUAAGCACGCUGAAGAGGUGGCCAAAUCUGUUAGUGCAGAAUGGAGUCUACAAUGUGAUAAGUUGUACAGUGAUAUAGGGUCAUUGCAAAACCUAAAUGAUACCUUACAAAACGAAAAUGCCACUCUGCAGGUGGAUAUUUCCACUCUUAAGUCGCAAAUUCAUUCAUUGCAAGCCCAGCAAUGUGCCUUGCAGCUGGCCAAUAGUCAGUUGGUAGCCGAAAAGGAAGAGUUAUCAAAGAAACAGCAAUUGCAAAAUACAGAACAUAACACCUUGCUGCUCGACCAGGUGACUCUCAGAACUUUGCAUGAACAAUUAACUAGCGAAUAUGAAGAACUAAAAAUUGAACAGGAAACAUUAAAAAAACUAAAUAGGGAUUUAAAGUUGGAAAUACGAGAUUUAAAAGAAGGAAAUGAUAAUUUGCGGAUCAAAGUUACCAAUUGGGAAAUAGAAAAAGAAAGUUUAAAGAAGGACACUAGGAAUUUGACAAACUUAAGAACUGAACAUUCCAAAUUAAAAGACGAUUUCAGAAAUCUGUUCACAGCGAGCGAGAGGCUAAAGUUGGAGUACAGAAAUGUGCAAGAAGAACUGAAAACUCUAAGAACUGAGUCAAGGAAUUUGAGAUUAGGACGCACCGAGAUGCAGGGAGAGCUGAAUUCAACUUCCGAUAAAAUGGCUUCUCUGCAAAUGGAGAAUGCUAGAUUGCAACAGAAAUGUGAUAUGUUGUUUGAAAUGAACCAUUCGCUUGAUUCAGACCGGCGUGCCUUGAUGGAUCACAUUUCUCAGUUGCUGUCACAGUAUCACUCUCUUUUGACUCAUUCUUUGGAGGACAAACAACAUUACCAUUUGGAAGAAAAAUUAUUUACUGAUAAAAUGAACAAUUUGUGUCGACAAAAAGAGAAGCUAGAAGAGAAAAUCAUGGAGCAUUAUCGGAAAUUGGACAAUGCGUCUUCCAAAAAAAAGGGCUUUGGGGCCAUAUUUGUAAAGCGGGUAAGGAAGGCGGGGUCAGAUAUUAUAAAUAAGGUACCAAAUAGGAAUCGCCGCUCGUGGCAUGUAGAAAGCAGCUCUCUGUCGCAGUCCCAGCUGCUGAGGAGUAACGAAUCUGGAGAAUCAGCUGGAAAUGAAUCGGACAACAGUAUGGAAGAUCCCUUGACUGCAGAAUCAUUUAAGAGAAAUACUAGCGAAACUGGUAGUCUACAUGGUCCAAAGGAUGAAAUUGAUGUUAGAAAGUCUUACAAGGACUUGGCAAAUCAUAGAAGCAAUAUUGCCGUGGAUGAUGCUAGCAUAAACAGUAAGGAACCAGGAAGUGCGUUAAGCUUGGGUUCAGUAGGUUCCCGUCGCACUGUUUAUUUAGCUGAGGACGAUGUGGCUCCCGUAGCGGUGCCGAAACCUGCUGCUAAUAUCCCACCGACUCCUUCUAAUGGUCCUUUACUGGUUUAUAACCGAAUAUCAACUGUGAUAGGAGAGCCUCAUAUUGCUGCUCAGUCAUCACCAAUUCCUCAAAGAGGAAAAACUCCAGAACAAGCAGAGACAAGUUUACCCGAUGUUGCUAAAGAUGAGAAACGAAAAGAUAAUCCUAAAGAGACGGCGGUGUGGUAUGAGUAUGGAUGUGUAUAACUCAAUUAAGCUUUAUUUAACCCUUGCCUAUAAUUUUUACAGUUAGAUGUAAAUAAAUCACCAAAGACAAUAAUAUAUAAUAAUUUAAUAACAAUAGUAUUAACCUUUAAUUUUAUAAUUUUGUAUUUAAUUUUUAAAUACACUACAUUUUUAUUAACCUCAUUGUUAUUUGUCAUUUUCCUGAAUAUCAAUAUUUUAAAUAAGAAAAAAUGUUGAAAAAAAAAUCAAAAUCAAUUUAAGAAACUCAUUGCUAGUAGGAAUAAGCAUGCAUAAAAAGCAAUUACAUCGUUCUCACUAACCUGCAAAAUCAAAAAACGUAGAAGUUGAUCUGGAAAAAUCAGUAAAGGGCCUUAAAUGUUAAGACAUAUUUUUUAAAGCAAUAUAAAAUACUGACUGGUAAAAACUAAAUAGCUAUAUUUUUUCGUGUCCUAUUUUUUAUUUUUAUGUGAAGAAAUGUUUUUUUAAAGCAACAUAAAAUACUGACUGGUAAAAACUAAAUAGUUAUAUUUUUCAUUUUUUAUUUAUUUCUUUAACAUCAAGAACAAAUAUUUAGUCAAAUAUUGGCUCUUAAUUGUAGCCUUAGUGACCGUUUACGCGUCUUUUCGGGCCCAAGAAUUUUUUCGACCAGAUGUAGCGUUUUCGAGAAAAAAAUGUUUUUUAAAUACUUCGGAUCUUUCGAUCCCGUCUAGCUUCAAUAGGUUCCAUUUGUGGAUCGAACACUAAAUUUCUGCCGAAUUUCAACUCGCUGGCUCAAAAUUUCUGACACUUAUUGUGUUUCAUGGUGACAAUAGCUGACAAAAUGACCGCCGAUAUCUGAUCGGCCUAAUAUUUCGCGGGGCACUGCGCAUGGCCUAGUACUAGUACGUAGGAAAAUUUAAAGUUGGUAGUUCCAAUCGUUGGGAACGUAUAAGCCUUCAAAAGACCCCGCAGAUCCGCUACGGAAAAACAGAGAACAGAAAAAAAAAAUUGUUUUUAUACCAAGGGCGACCCCGUACGACGAACCCUCACCGACAUCUCGCGUUUCGUCUCAUUUUGGAAGGGUUACUAAAAGAUUACCUUUUUUUCAUGUUAUUUUAAAAAUACUGUUCAUGCAAUAGAAAUUAUUGGCAUUUUGUGGCAGAAAAUUGUAAUUCUUAAAGGUCACAAAACACAGAGAAGUGAGAAAACCCCGAAUUAUAUCAGAAAAGCUUUGCGAAUAAUACAAAAAAAUGUGAUUAUCUAAAAACAAUAGCAUUUAAUAACAAAACGAUGCUCGUUCUUAUUAUAGGAUUAUUCGAAAUGGAGUUUUAGUUUUCUACAUUUGAAUUUUUUUUCAAUUGUGUGAAAUUAAAUUUGGAAGUCCAAUAAUUUCGCAAAAUGCAUAUUGACGUAUUUAUUAAACUACGCUCCCUAAUUGGCUAAUUUUUUGAAGAAAUUAUCUUUGUUGGUGUCCAAUACGAUAAAUCAGCCGCAUUUGCACGAUAAAAUAAUAUAGUUGUCGCUUUUCUAAUUGCCUCAUUUAACUAUGUGGGCAAAACGGCCACCAUUACUAUCAUUAUUUGAUAAUGAAGCACCAUAUAAAGACCAUCGUUCGAAAGGAAAAUAAUCACUCCGGCAACAUGAGUAAAAUAAUUCAAAUCCUGUUAGUCGAAGCUUUAGCCUGCAUCAUUUUCUUUGUCGGUCUGAACUCGGCGGCCACGAAAUGCUACAACUGCUUCUCCAAAACCGAUCGACCAGAGGAUUGCUCUAAACAUCAAAAUUGCUCCAAAUCGGCAAAAUUAUGCGCAGUUGCUAGCGGCGAGAUAAGAAAUCGAACCACCAAUGAGACAGAAAUGUAUUAUUUUAAGGGUUGUAUACCCUCGUGUGUGGCCAUCAAGCUCGGUUUUCAGGUUCGGAAGCUAAAAUGUGAUACGUGCACAGAUGAUUUAUGCAACAAAGGUGAUUUUAAAGAUCCUCAAUCUUCAUGAAAAUAAAAUAUAUUUUGAAUAAAAACAGGUUGUAAAUUUAAUAAA